CACCCUUUCAAAAUGUUCAUGUUGGCUGUGAAGUGAUCAUAUCCGGUGGCGGUUUGGUCACUUUUCUGCAUAAACUAGCCACCACCAUAUCUUCCAAAUUCCCUCAGUGGAGAAGCAUAUAGUAUCUAAGUAUAUUAUAGAAUUGUUCUUCAAAGUAUAAGUUCCCUCACUUUUUGUUCCAAUAUAUAACACCAUCUUGUGUUUCAUUCAACACUCAUCAACAAAAACACAUCAUCUAUACAAGAAGAACAAAGAGAGAAAAUGGUGAAAUUCUCUAAGCAAUUUGAGGGACAACUCAUUCCAGAAUGGAAAGAAGCUUUUGUUGAUUAUUGGCAACUUAAGAAGGAUAUUAAAAGAAUUCAACUUCUUAACAAUACCAACAAAAAACCAAAUAAUCAUCAAAUGAGUUCAGUGGUGAAGUCACCUUUUUCAUCACUAAGAAAGUUCUUUCCAUUUCAACAAAGAGACCAUGACCCAAUUCAAGUUCAUAGGAAACUUGUUUCAUCUACUAGCAAAGGUGACAUGUAUGAGACACAACUGCUAGACCAAUUUGCUGACACUGAUGCUACAAAAGAAUUUUUUGCAUGUUUGGACCAAAACCUCAAUAAGGUAAAUAAAUUCUAUAGGACAAAGGAGAAAGAGUUUCUUGAUAGAGGGGAGUCCUUGAAAAAACAAAUGGAUAUUCUUAUUGAGCUCAAAUCUGCAUUCAUGGAGAAGAAAGGUAAAGGGAACUCUUCUCACUAUUCCAAGGAGGAAGAAUCUGUCUCAUCCACAUUCUCUAUUAAUGAGGAAGACUCUGUUAGGAGCAGAGAACAAACAGAGGAUUUGGAGAAAAUAGAAGAGAAUUUUACUGAAUCAAAUGAAAAUGAAGAGGAUAAAUCAAUGGAUUUGAAAUGGGAAGAUGGUAAAUUGAGGACAUUAUCUGGCCAUUUUCUUAGUGGCCAAGGAAAGAAUGUGAGGAUAAACAUUCCUUUGACAACACCUUCUCAAACCUUUUCAGAAAUUAGUUACCUUGUAAUGGAAGAUUUGUUCAAUAAGUCUUCAAGAAAAUGCAAUCCAGAAGGUGGUGUGCUUCGUGUUAAUAAAACAAGGUUGCAUCAUGCAGAAAAGAUGAUCAAAGGUGGUUUCAUUGAGCUUUAUAAGGGCCUAGGAUAUUUGAAUGAUUAUAGGAAUUUGAACCUGCUUGCAUUUAUAAAGAUUCUGAAGAAAUUUGACAAGGUCACAGAAAAGCAAAUUCUUCCAAUCUAUCUCAAAGUAGUUGAGAGUUCAUAUUUCAACAACUCAGACAAGGUGGUGAAGUUCAUGGAUGAAGUGGAGGAACUAUUUGUCAAGAAUUUUGCUAAAGGUGAUCAUAGAAAGGCAAUGAAAUACCUUAGACCAAUUCAUCAUAAAAAAGAAUCACAUGCAAUUACUUUCUUCAUUGGACUAUUUACUGGAUGCUUUUGGGCACUUUUUGGUGCAUAUGUUUUAAUGGCUCAUCUUACUGGACUGUACAAAAGACACCAAAAUUCACUCUACAUGGAAACUGUCUACCCUGUGCUUAGUGUGUUUAGUCUCAUGUUUCUACAUUUCUUCCUCUAUGGAUGCAACAUUAUUGCAUGGAGAAAGACUCGUAUAAACUACAGAUUUAUUUUCGAGAUAGUUCCGACAAAGGAACUAAAGUACAGUGAUGUAUUCUUGAUUUGUACAAUGUCUAUGACUGCUGUGGUUGGAGUCUUGCUUUUUCAUUUGACUCUACUCACAAAAGGGUAUUCCUAUGCACAAGUUCAAUUCCUCCUUGGCCUACUUUUUCUGGCCUUCUUACUAUUACUUGUAUGCCCCUUCAACAUUAUAUACCGGUCAAGCCGUUAUCACUUCCUUUGUGUGAUAAGGAACAUAAUUUGGUCACCUCUUUAUAAGGUUCUGAUGCUGGACUUUUUUAUGGCGGAUCAACUUUGCAGUCAGGUUCCAAUGCUAAGGAGCCUAGAGUUUAUGGCAUGUUACUAUAUAACUGGGAGCUAUAAGACUCAAGACUAUGGAUACUGCAUGAGGGUAAAACAAUAUAGAGAUCUUUUCUAUGCAGUGUCCUUUCUUCCAUACUAUUGGAGAGCAAUGCAGUGUGCAAGGAGAUGGUUUGAUGAAGGGGACACAAAUCACCUUAUCAAUCUAGGGAAAUAUGUUUCUGCUAUGUUAGCUGCAGGUGCUAAAGUUGCAUAUGAAAAAGAUAGAAGUGUUGGAUGGUUAUGUGUUGUUGUGAUCAUGUCAAGUGUAGCAACUUUGUACCAAUUGUAUUGGGACUUUGUAAGGGAUUGGGGUUUGCUACAAAGGAACUCCAAGAAUCCUUGGUUAAGAAAUGAAUUGAUGCUUAGAAGAAAAGCUAUUUACUACUUGUCAAUGGUAUUGAACAUUACUCUGAGGCUUGCUUGGUUGCAAACUGUUCUCCAUUCAAGUUUUGAAAAUGUUGACUAUAGAGUAACAAGCUUAUUUUUAGCAGCACUUGAAGUUAUUAGAAGAGGACUGUGGAAUUUCUACAGAUUGGAACAUGAGCAUCUAAAUAAUGCUGGCAAGUUUAGAGCAGUGAAGGCAGUGCCACUUCCUUUUCAUGAAGUGGAGGAUGAAGAAGACUAAUAAAUAAUGCCAAUUGGCAUAUUUAGCAUUUGAUGUAGGGGAUGAUUCCACCCAAAUACUUGAAGGAGCAGAUUAGUUGUCCUUAUUCAAGUUGAUGUAAACAUUGAUCAACUUGAUUAUUUUUUUCAGUGGAUUUGUAGGAACAUUUCCACAUAUGUAUACACAAUUUUCAUUAACAUUAAAUAAAAAUUUAAUGAGAAAGUGCAAUGUUACUAAA